UUCUUGUUACAUUUUUCCCAUUUACGCUCCGACUGUGUUGAAUGCGUUGAUUUACUUCACAGUUAUUGCCUCCUUACGAUCCUCGGAUACAUCUGUUCUAACAGCGAUAGUUUUCGUGGAUAUUUUCAAAAGGUCGUGCGUUUGAGAUUUUUUUUUCCGGUGUUUUAUUUUUUACUUACAUUAUAAAAAAUGAACAAGGAAGACGAUAUUUUCGAAUUUGACGCGCCCUCAACAUUUGCCAAUUUGUACGAAAUAGCCAAUGCUUCUGACGACGGUGCCGAUAAGUAUUUCGAUAUUAUUGCUGAAAAAAUGGAAGGUGCUAAAUCGGAACCGAAUUUGGGAAUUAUUAAAAAAUCUAACCAUGACAAUGACGAUGACUUUGAAAAUAACAAAGAAAAUUUUGCACCUGAUGAUCAAUUUGAUGACAAAAAUAUUAAUUCACUUGCUCAUCAAUUAAUUCGUUCUGCCAAGAAAUCAAGAACAUCUAAACUACAUAAUAGGCAUUCAAUUACAAUAGAAGGAAUUGAAGUGGAAUUACCGCGGAUCAAGCACCAUGCUAUGAUUACUAGGUUGGAUGAAUUGGAAAACACACCAAAAAUUGACUUGCGUACACGUUCAGUCAUCAAAUCUGGGUACAAAUAUGAACACAUUAAAUCAGGUUCGCAAGAAAAUAUUAUAAUAGAUAAAAGUUCAAAAAAAUUUAUGAGUAUUGCUGAAAAAGUCAGAAAUUUCUUCAACAACACACCACCUAGGUUUCAUUCUAAACCCACCAUUCCAGCUGGUUCAAAUGUACUUAAAUCAAGAAAUCUUUUUGCAAGUGCUUUUGAACCAAGUUCUAGUUCAAAUAAUACUAGUAAUAUUAUUGAUAAACAAAUAAAUAGUGGACAUGAUUCAAAUCACUUACAAAAUAAUCAAAAUGGAAACUUUGAUAUUCAUUCGAGUGCCGUCAAAGUACCUGUUAAAACUCAAAAAAUUAAAGUUCUUAACUCUCAUGGUGGAGUUCAAGUAAUUGAGAACAAAGAACUUGGUCAUGGUGGUAUUAGAGUACUGGAAAAGCAACUUCAUACAGUUCCUAAGCCUUUUAGUUUUGAAUCACGUAAAUCAUGUGCUGUUAAAUCACAAAAUUUGAAAAAUAUAGAGCCUCAGUGGACAUUUAAAGCUCGUCCAGCAACUGUAUUAAAAAGAAAACCAUUUGUACCUAAACAUGAAAAAAAAUUUACAGAACCAAAAAAUAUAUGUUUAAACACUGAAAGGCGUGCUCAAGAAUGGAUGGUUUUUGAACAAGAAAUAAAAGAAAAAUUUUCUCACUACGAAGAAUUGUUGAAAAAGAAAGAAGAAGAAAAUAAAAUGAAAGAAAUGAAUAUGAUAAAAAAUAUGCGGCAACAAACUAUUCAUAAAGCAGAACCUAUUAAAAAAUAUAAACCGAUACUGAUAAGGAAGUCAGAAAGACCUGUGACAGUACCACAAAGCCCUAGAUUUUCUAUUCGUCCUAUUAGAAGUUGUUUAAAUUCUGUAUGCGAGUAACUAAGUGUUCAAAUUAUCGAAGCAUUUUUUGAAGUAUAUUUUAUGAUAUAAGUUCAACAUUUUUUUUUUUUAUAUUAAUGAUUUUUAUUUUAUUAGUAAAUA